GACAGGUGGACGGUUCAAACUUCUCACUCAGCCUAUAAAUAAGGAGGCUCCUCCGUAAUUCAGUUUCAUUCACUAAAUUGUUUAGAACUCGUGCAAGGCAAAUAUCAUCUUUUCUUCAUCCUUUUGAGAUUUCUUCGAAUUUUCUAGAGAAAAUGUCUUGCUGUGGAGGAAACUGUGGUUGCGGAUCUGCCUGCAAGUGCGUUGGAUGCGGAGGUUGCAAAAUGUACCCGGACUUGGGUUUCUCCGGCGAGACCACCACCACCGAGACUCUUGUCCUCGGCGUUGCUCCGGCGAUGAACUCUCAGUACGAGGCUUCCGGUGAGACUUUCGUCGCCGAGAACGAUGCCUGCAAAUGCGGAUCCGACUGCAAAUGCAACCCUUGCAACUGCAAAUGAAGAAACCCCUUUAAGCCCUAAGUGUCUGCAAUAACCCUAAUGUUAUGUCUAAUAACGGCUGAUUUCGCCUGUUGUUUUGCCGGCGACGUUAGUCUUGUUCUUCUUCUUCUUCUUCUUCUUCGUCUGUGUGUUUUUAAUGCUUUGGUCAUAAGAUAUCUCUUUAAGUUUUGUCUAUGUGACUAUAUAAUCCAAAAGUAUUAUGGGGUUUGUAUUUGAGUCUCUGCUUGAAGUUUCAAUGAAAACUUUAAAGUUUGCUCC